GCUAAUAGUCUGGGUGGGGUGGAGCCACGAACCUGAGGCGAGAACGAGGAAGAGGACCGUCUGUCAUUUGGAAAUCUUACGGUAACGUCGAGACUCAACACAAUGCCUGAAGCAGACAUCGCACUCAUCGGUUUGGCUGUCAUGGGCCAGAACCUCAUCAUGAACAUGAAUGACCAUGGCUUUGUUGUUUGUGCCUACAACCGCACUGUGUCCAAGGUGCAUGACUUCCUGCAGAAAGAGGCAAAGGGAUCCAAGGUGAUUGGCGCCGAGUCACUCGAGGACAUGGUGUCCAAGCUGAAGAAGCCCAGGAGGAUCAUCUUGCUGGUCAAGGCCGGACAGGCGGUGGACGACUUCAUCGACAAGCUGGUUCCCCUCCUUGAGGCUGGAGAUAUUAUCAUCGACGGUGGCAACUCUGAAUACAGAGACACGACUCGGCGCUGUAAGAGUUUGAAAGAGAAGAACUUGCUGUUUGUGGGCAGCGGAGUCAGCGGUGGCGAGGAGGGGGCACGCUACGGACCCUCACUCAUGCCCGGAGGACAUUCAGACGCCUGGCCUCACAUCAAAGAAAUCUUCCAGAGCAUCGCUGCCAAGGUGGGAACAGGAGAGCCGUGCUGCGAUUGGGUGGGAGACGAGGGCGCGGGUCAUUUUGUCAAAAUGGUCCACAAUGGCAUCGAGUAUGGCGACAUGCAGCUGAUUUGCGAGGCUUAUCACCUGAUGAAGGAUGUGCUCGGGAUGGACCACGACGAGAUGGCCAAGGCUUUUAACGAGUGGAACAAGACCGAGUUGGACUCGUUUCUGAUCGAGAUCACCGCCAACAUCCUCAAGUAUCGAGAUGCCGACGGGACGCACCUGUUGCCCAAGAUCCGCGACAGUGCGGGACAGAAAGGCACAGGGAAGUGGACUGCUAUUUCAGCGCUGGAGUACGGCACGCCCGUGACUUUGAUCGGAGAGGCCGUCUUCGCCCGGUGUCUGUCCUCCCUGAAAGACGAGAGGGUGGAGGCCAGCCGCACCCUGAUGGGCCCGGCGGGAGUCGCGUUCAGUGGUGACAAGGCCGCCUUCUUGGAGGACAUUAGGAAGGCCUUGUACGCCUCCAAGAUCAUCUCCUACGCGCAGGGCUUCAUGCUGCUUCGCCAGGCCGCCAAAGAAUUCGACUGGUCCCUCAACUACGGCGCCAUCGCUCUGAUGUGGAGAGGGGGUUGCAUCAUCCGCAGCGUGUUCCUCGGCAAAAUCAAGGAGGCGUUCGACAGGGAUGCUGAGCUGCAGAGCUUGUUGUUGGACCCUUUCUUCAGUGAUGCUGUGCAACAGUGUCAGGAGUCGUGGCGUCGAGCGGUCAGCACGGGCGUCCAGCACGGCAUUCCCAUGCCUUGCUUCACCACCGCUCUGUCCUUCUAUGACGGCUACAGGCACGAGAUGCUGCCUGCCAACCUGCUCCAGGCUCAGAGAGAUUACUUCGGAGCUCACACAUAUGAGCUGCUGUCCCAGCCGGGCCGCUUUAUCCACACCAACUGGACGGGCCACGGCGGAAACGUCUCGUCUUCCUCCUACAACGCGUAGCGAGGAGAACGGCGGCGUACACUUCAAACAAGAACGCAGCAAACGCAGAGUGCAAAAGAGGAUAUGUUACACAUUCCACCAUACCACAUAAUUUUAACUCAUAAACUCAUAUCAGCAACGUUUUGUGACACUUCUUAUUCCAACUGUAGAAUACAUUUCGCUACACUGUCAGACAUAGGCCGGGGUCCGCCAGUAUUAACACUGGAUUUAAGCUAAAACGUUGCACUGAACUGUACUAGGCUAAAUAAAGAUUUCAAUCCCUUUAUAA